UAAAAUUUGUUCAAGCGAUUUUGUCACUUUCCUUGGCGUUGUCUUUGCGUUUAGAGCUGAGUAUCGAACGCGUUCAUAAAAUCUUACCACCAUGUCUCUUAGCGACGACGAGAUAGCCGAAAUCAAGGAUACGUUUUUGAUGUUCGAUACAACGGGUAAUGACAAAGUCACGGUCGACGAGGUUGGCAACAUUAUGCGUUCUUGCGGGCUGAAUCCAAUGGGCGAAGAGAUUGACAAGUUCGUGGACGAACUGGGCAAAGGAGCAGAGAUCGAUUUCGAGCAGUACCUCGGUUUCCACGAGGAAUGCUCGAAAAAGGGAAACACCGGCACAAUCGAGGGCUUUAUGGAAGCGUGGAAGUGUUUCGACCACGAGGGAAACGGCUUCGUUGGCAACGCAGAGAUUCGCCAUGUCUUGACGAGCAUGGGGGAUAGGAUGACCGACGAAGAUGUCGAUGAAAUUCUCGAGGGCAAAGAAGACGCCGAAGGUCUAGUAAACUACGAAGAAUUUAGUAAAUUUGUCAUGUCUGGUUGAGCUCCGCGAUUUAGAAACAUUUGGCACUCGUGAUUUUGACUAUUUCUGCAAACAGACGCGCGGACUUGUGUUUAGGAUCUCUGUUUUAGGUUUUUGUAUCAAUAACAAAUUUUAUAGACUUUAUAUUUCUAUAAACUACUGCUAUAUGGUUGAACCAGGCAAAUUUAGAACUUCUCGCAGUCUUUUCUGCAAAACAGACGAACAGAAUUUUAGUUCAUGUUGGGGGGCGUUAUUUCCUUUACAGGUUUUGACAUGUCCCAGUUUUGUCACCUUUUUGUAUUGAUUCAUUGUGUAUUUUUAUUGCUGUAUAAAUAUUAUAAGUAUAUUUUGCCUCGCUCGA